CACCAUUACAGGGGGCAGGUCAUGUCCUCGAGCCCAUCAUGAGUCGCCAAAUCCUACUCAGUCCGCUUCUGCGGGCCUCGCUCCCUCGCGCCGUGCGGAGAGAUCUCACCAGUCAAUGGUUUCCCCGGUUGAAGACAACGAACGCCGCCCCAAAACCGCCCAGGAACGACGUCCCAUACCUCAAAACGAAACAGACGGAUGCCGUACCGCUUCGCGCCGUUAACAAGUCGUCGACGGCGCAUGGGCACAAUGCCCUUCGGAAAGGCCUCGGAGGAAUGCCGGAGCGCAUCUUGAUCUUCCAUGCUGGAACGACCAAACCGCUCUAUCUAGGGGCCAUACGGAUCACGGCCCUUUGCCUUAUGGUAGCUUCGGGCCUGCUCAUCGUGCCGGCCUAUCAAGAAGGCCAACUCCCGUUGUGGCUAGCGACAACCCUUGCCAUAGGAUCCACGAUCCCGUUCUUCGUGGUCACUUGGACCUCUGCACCCUUUGUGAACUUUAUCUAUCUCUCCCUCCCCAUGUUUGCUCGACGAUCGAGGGACCAAACCCUACAAUACGCGAAGAACCUGCCGCCGACAGCGACGCUCAGUAUAAUCACCACGGAUGCGACCUUUGUUCCCCGCACCACCACGGUUCGUCUUGGUGACCUCGUCCCUGGCAAGUCGACCCUUCGCCCGGUCUGCUUUCGCGACACUAAGCGUGGGCCCGCUCUUACGUUGAAGGGGACGCCCGAUGUAUUCUAUGCUCCCCCGACCACCAAGAAAGGCAAACAAACGCCGGCCUACUGGCCCGGGCUGUGGGAUCAUGUAUACGAGCAGAUCCAGAAUAAUACCCGCCGGACCUGAUUCUGAGUUUCGAGUCCCUCUUGCAACAGCUCUUUGUAGUUCUAGGAAAUACCACAGCGUCCAGGAUUCAAACAUACCCGGAAAUCAUUUCUUCUUGUUGUCAUCAGUUUCCAUUGAUGAAAGUGCCGAGGCUUGGUUCUCGUGGGUUCUUGUUUGCCAGAAAUUGAAUGGGUGGUUGAUUUGACACGGUCAAUCGGGCACCCAAGCCCAGUUCAUUCAUCGACGUCUGUCAUUCACUGGCCAGCUGAGACGA